AUGCCGCCGCCGUCGAGCUCGCGCGGAUGGCUCGUCGCGCUCUCCUCCCCCAUCGCGAUCGCGGGCAUCGCGCUCGCGCUGUCGAUCGCGAACCCGGGCUACGUCGACACCACGCGCGAGUUGCUCCUGCAGAACAUCUAUCGCAAGGAGACGACGAUGCCGCGGCGCGGAGGCGGCACGCAGAACGUCGACGUCGUCGUCCGCGACGGCGUCGUGUACAAGUACAACAAAUACAGCGGCAGCGUCACGGCGACGGCGAAGGACGGCCUCAUGGUGGACAAGAACGGCGACAUAUUCGUCGUCGUCCGGGGGAAGGACGACCCGCGAAGGGUGAAGAAGGCGUAUCUGGUGGGGAACAUGGACGAGGUGCCGCCGCUGCCGGCGAACCCGACGGAGAAGGAUAAGAAGGCGCAGCGGGAGGCGAUGGAGAAAACGUUCGCGCAGGCGCGUUCUAUCUCACACUGGUCCCCAUACGACCGCGUUCGCGUGGUGAACGCCCGGCUGAACCGGCUGCCGAGCUUGAAGAAGAUCUACGACGCGCCGGACCCGGUCGUGCGGCCGGGGUAUCAGUGA